AUGGCCAUAAUAGAAAAACCAGUUAAACGAACGACAUACCACAAAGUUAAAAAAAAUAAACAAAAAUUAGAAACAACCAGCCACGAGGCUAACCAGGCAGCAAACGCUUUAAUUAAUGAAAAUGCGGACCUAAAAAAACAAACAACCGCUCAAAAAGAAGAAAUUGACCAAAAAACCACCGAAAUCAGCCGGUUAAGAGCCGAAAAUAAGAAAUUAGCAAAUAGAAGAAAAGAUUCCGGUUAUGAAGAAGACGAAGAAGAAAUAAUUAACAGGAUUAUUGCUGAAAAGGCCAAAUUUGAAGCCCAAAUUAAGGAAUUAGAAAAACGACCAACGGCCGAACAACUGGCCGAAGCCGAGAAGAAAAUGUUCGAUGCUAAUGAGGCCAACACCAAACUCCAAAAUCAAAUUGCCAGCCUAAAAAAAGAUUACAAGCAAGCCCAGAAAAGUUUUGAUAAUAAAUUAAAAACCCAAGAGGAGUCAUUUGAAGAAGAGAAAGGGGAAAUU